CUGAGCCUGAGGAGGAGGGUGAGCUGCUGAGAGUGCCCUGCCUGGUUUGACACACCGUGAGUGGACCGGCUUGACUUGUCACUGGGCCUUGCGGGCAAACAAUGUCUUUCUCUCACCGAAAAUAGUAAGGAAUUAAAAAAACGAGGGGAAAGACAACCGCGGACACCGAGGCGUCGCGACAGAAAAACCACGUAGGAUGGGCGAACGGGCGGACAUUACGUUUAAAACCACUGGAACCAAGUGGCUGCUGCCCGUCAGUGAAUACUUGGGCUUUCCCCUUGAUCAGGUGAAUUUUUUGGCGUGCCAGCUCUUCGCCCUGGGUGCUGCCUUCUGGUUUCGUCUCUACCUCAGUCCAAGCCAUGCCAAUCCCCUGGUCAGGCAUGCUGUGGCCGCUCUUCUCGGCAUUGCCUUUCUCAUCUUCUGCUUUGGAUGGUACUCAGCUCACAUCCUGACAGUGGUGGUUGCAAGCUACGUGAUCAUCAUCAAAGCUGACAUCAACAAUGUGCACAGGUACUCCAUGGUGACUGCUAUGGGCUACUUGACAGUGUGCCAAGUGAGCAGAGUCUUCAUUUUUAACUAUGGAGUCCUGUCCACUGACUUCUCUGGGCCUCUGAUGAUCGUUACCCAGAAGAUCACCACACUGGCUUUCCAGCUCCACGAUGGUAUGUGUAAGAAAUCUGAACAGCUGACCCCGGAGCAGAGGGCUCUGGCUAUAAAUGUGAGGCCGUCUCUCAUCGAGUACCUGAGCUACAAUCUGAAUUUCAUGAGCGUCCUGGUUGGACCGUGCAGUAACUAUACAGAGUACAUAGACUUCAUAGAAGGCAGACACAUCAGCAGGCGUCUCAGACACCACUCGGGGACGUGUAAUGGGCAGAACGGCUAUGAUAAAAUACCAGACCCAUCACCUCUGAACGCUGUCUGCCGAAAAUUGCUGAUCUGCAGUGGAUGCAUGCUGUUUUUCCUCACUGUGACUCGGUCCCUGCCGAUAACGUACAACGUGGACCCUCACUUUGUCGGCCACGCCCCCUUCCUCACAAGGCUCAGCUACGCUUUCUUCUCCAUACAAGCGGCAAGGCCCAAAUUCUACUUCGCCUGGACACUAGCUGAUGCAGUCAAUAACGCUGCAGGUUAUGGUUUCUUGGGGAUGGAUGAAAAUGGAAAGCCAUCGUGGGACCUCAUCAGCAACCUCAACAUCUUGGGGAUUGAGACUGCAACCAGCUUCAAGACAUUCAUAGACAACUGGAAUAUUCGAACAGGAAUUUGGCUCAAAACGGUGUGUUAUGACCGAGCGCCCAAGCACAGGUUGGCGUUGACCUUUAUCCUGUCUGCCUUGUGGCAUGGUGUGUAUCCAGGGUACUAUUUCACCUUCAUCACAGCCAUCCCCAUCACCAUGGCAGCACGAGCUGUCCGGAAAUCUGUUCGCCACCACAUAGUGGGCGUCAGAGCCUUGAAGCUGGGUUACGACAUUUUGACUUGGGCAGCCACCCAGCUCGCCAUCUGCUACACUGUUAUGCCUUUUCUCCUUCUUGCAGUAGAGCCCACUUUGGUUUAUUACAGGUCCAUGUACUUCCACGUUCACAUCAUCAGCAUUCUGGCUGCGAUUGCCCUGCAUCGGAAACACAAACCCAGUGAACCCUCCUCCUCCGCCACCACCAAAACGUUUUCCUCCUCCUCCUCCUCCUCCUCCUCCUCCUCCUCCUCGUCUCCGUGCUCAGCCCAGUGCCAGCCUGUUCACUCCAACAACAAUGACAAAGUAGACUGAAAAUCCCCUCCUCACGAUCUUUUACCAGGCUCUCAGUCGAGGAGGUUCUCUGAAAGACGAGUGAAUAUUCCUAAAGGGCAUUCAGCCAACUCAAAAUGGGGAAACUUUAUUUAUUUUUAAGGACAAUAAAGACUCGGAUGGCACAAUGCGAUUCAGGACUCGAACCUGUGGCACUGGAUGCACAUGGGGACAGCUUUACCGCCAUAUCAUAAGAUUAAGAACCUGAUUCGAAGACAGCGUGUCAAACACAAGCACAGCAGGCAGACUGGGUAGAGAAACUUCAGCCAAGGGAAUGUCUUUGGUACCACCAACAGGAUGCUGGCCUCCUUCCACUUGCUCCUCCUCCAUGCCCAUCUCAACACCAGCCUGCCUGCUCCAACAACAAUGCAACAGUGUGAAGACAAAAAGGAGGCUCACUUUCUUCCCUGUCCUCGAUCCUCGCUGUACUGCCGACUGGUUUGGAUCUAGGCCAGCACAGUGGGAGAGCCGCUCAUAAACGUUGCACAAAUACCAGAACACACACACACACACACACACACGCACACACAAACUUUUGCAUAAACACUCGGACACAAAUAUGCACAUACUCGCUCUUAGACACGCUCGUACUUGGUCACACUCUGAUGGCGUACAAAGGCUGCUCUUGUGUGGCCACAACAAAAGAGCAUACCAAGAGCAAAGAGCGCCCUGGUUUAUAUAUGUGUGUGAGUGUGUGUGUGUGUGUUGUUUAACCCCGUGUUACAUCUCACCAACCUCCGCCACUGACCCUGUGUGUGCAUAUGGACCUUGUCAUGAACAACUAUGGACUGUGUUAAUAUUUCUUCCACUGUUAGUUUGUACUGGUUGAGUGAGGCGACACUUGAAAAACCAAUUAGACCAUGCAGCUCUCAAACUGUCCAGUGAAACUACAACUAAUGAAGUCUUUUAAGGCAGGGCGGCAGCUCCUACAGGUGAGGAGACUUGACCAUUCUGGAAAACAAGUAACCACUUUGUUAUAGUCUCUAUGGAUAAUCCUAGACUUUAGCGAUACCCCUGUAAACAUUAAUGGAAAAGCAAAUGGUACGAGAUUACAGCAGCAAGCUUUUGCUUCCCUUGUUUUGCAUUGCACAUCGCAACAAUGAUGAAAUGGUGCAACGUGAGCACACAUUGAUGACAACAGGUGAAUGAUUUUCAAUGAUUGAAUGAUGUUAGUCCACUUUCCUACAAAAUCUCUCUUUGUGCUGAAGUAGUAGGGAGUUUAAUAGUGUCAUAGUUCUUAACGUGUUAGUACUUUACCAUGUGAACGGUGCUGGAUACCUGUGAUCAUGACGUAGAGUAAAUGAACAAAAAGCUGUGGUAAAACUGAGAGGAAAUGCUCCUCAAAGUUUCUCUUUUUGGGAGGCGACCAUUGCACACUCACAGAAUGGAAAAUAUGACCAAAAAGAGGAAUUUAUGAAUCAGAUGUAUUUCCUCUCAGUAGAAGCGUGGUGCUGUUUUCAAGAACACAUUUGAAAACUGUAGAUUUUACCAGAGCUUAUCAGCGGCUGCAGGUUGAUAUAACAGAGACACCUGCUGGUUGUUUGUACUGUGUGAGCUCUGCUGAAUGAAGCAAUGAAGGUGAGCCCAUUCGGACAGACUGAAACUGCCACGCUGCAGCAGCUCCCAAUGCAACUUCAUACCAGCCAUGAGCAGAAAGCAUAUUGUUUCCACUGAUAUCACAAUUUCUUUUCUUCACAAGCUUUUACUUUUGCACAAUCUGAAGGUGGUGCUCAUGAUUAGACGUGAGCUGAGCACAGUGGAAGAUACAGUCACAUUUUUAAAUUAUUUAUUUGUUAUUAAUAAGUUAUUACCCAUGAAAGGUUUGGGGGCAUUGGGAGUUUUUAAAGUGGCACAGUGGUUUGGUUAUUAAUGGUGCUACCUGCUACAGGCUAGUAUGUUAGCUUUUAGCUACAUUUAUGGGUUGAAUAUACAGAGGUAUGCUAACAGUGCUAACAAGUUGCAAUGCUUUUUUUUUUCUUUGGUAAUUAAACAGUGCCUGGUGAAGAAAAAUGAACUUGAAAAUGUCAGACUGCCCCUUUAAAGGCAGUAUGUGGGCUGCCCAAUGAAAAUGCAAUUUCUUCCUUUGGGUAUAGCAUGUUAACAUCGUGUUUAUCUGUUAAAUCAUGUUGGAGACACAAUCUUAAUGCAUAUUAUUUCCUGCUUUAGAUUUUAAUCGGAACUUCUUGUUUGGGGGGGAAUUGCCUGUUGUGGCUCAGUUUACAUAUUGACUCAACCCUCUGAUUCUUAAAGAGACGGUUCAACCCCCAGAAUACAUAUUUUUCCUCUUACUUGUCUUGCUCCUUAUCAAUUUAGAUUAUUUUGCUGUGACCUAUAGUGUGUUGGAGAUAUUGGCCGUAGAGAUGUCUGCCUUCUCUCAAAUACAAUGGAAGUAGAUGGCACUCGGCUUGUGGUGCUCAAAGUGCCAAAAAAAAGCAUUUGAUAUACUUAACAGCAACAUCUAACGUUAAUCCACAGACCUUGUUGUGAGCAGUUUCUUGUAGGAACUAUUUUCUUUAUACCGAACUACACCCAUCAACUGUAUCACUGCACAGAAGGAAGCGUGCCUCUACUGCUAGCUCACCUAGCACCACUGAGCUAGCCAGCGUUACAGCUCAGCCAAGGAGGACGCCAUUAAUGUUGACAUCUCGCGCAGUCAAGAGUCCAUGAGUAGAUGCACGCUUCCUUCAACAACAAGGUCUGUGGAUUAUCUUGAGUAACUUUAUCCUGAUUUCUGGAAAGAGACAUUGCUGUCGAGUUUUUCAAAUGCAUGUUUUUGGCGUUUUGAGUACCACAAGCCGAGCGCCAUGUAGUUCCAUUAUAUUGGAGAGAAGGCAGACAUCUCUACAACUGAUAUCUCCAGGCAAAAACAAUCUAUAGUGAUAAACAGGUUAAGGGAAAAUAUGUAUUUUGGAUUUUAGGGUGAACUGUCCCUUUUAAUACAUAAAGAAUAGAGUAGAGCAUGUUUAUACAAAAAAAUGAAACAAAAUCAAAAACUAGAGAAUUCAUAUCAGGACAGAUAUUAACAUCUAUGUCACAUCAAAAUCAAGGCUCCUAGCUCUGCUGUGACACAGACCCAGCUCACAGACGAGUGUUGACACGAGGGGCAGCACGCAUUGACUUAACAUUAAUUAUUCAAUAAAUACCGCAGGGGAAUCAUUCAAGAUUUGAAAGGAAACAAGGGGGAGGAACUUGCAAAUUAAACGAUUAUCAGUCUCCCCUGGCUAAUUUGAACAAACGUCCUUCUGUUUAAAUAUUUUAUAUUUUGAGUCAUUAAGGAGCAAAGAUGUCGAUGUUUAAUUUUUGUUGAUUAUUUUAAUGUUUAACUGCACAUUAGUACCUCUCUUGAACGUAAUGACUGCUCUGGGGACUUGCAGUUAUUAACACCAUGACCUAGAGAACACUCCCAGAGUACGGCUCUGCUAUAACAUGCAAUUGUUUUGUGAGACAAAGCCGUUGUUAACCGAUGUGGAGCUAGCUGUAACCUUUAAAUGUGUUGUUGCUCUCAAUAAUAUGUUCAUGGCACUGUGUGUGUUUGCAUGUUGGUAAUAUGUUUUUAGUGCAGGGACAUGAGCGAUGCGUGGCACAUAAACAGUAUGACUGUGUUCUCAGAAUGAGCAGCUAUUUGACUUAAUACUUAUAAUAAAGAUAUUUUUUUGUAUGUGUUUUUGCAGAUCUAUGCAUGAUCAAAUAUACUGACUGAGUGUGUGUGUUGCUCCAUUUUAGUAUUGUUUGUAUGGAGGAAGGAGUGAGUGGUAUAAAAAGAUUUGAAUAACAAA